GGGUUUGGGACCGGCAGAGCAGCAUUGCCCCGCGCACGCAGGCGGCUGCUGCCUCCUGAGACAUGAAGAAGUUUUUCGACUCGCGUCGGGAGCAGGGUGGCUCUGGCCCUGGAUCGGGCACCAGCGGCGGCGGCGGUGGCAGCGGCGGCCCGGGCAGCGGGUACAUCGGGAGGGUGUUCAGCAUCGGCCGGCACCAGGUGACGGUGGACGAGGUGCUGGCGGAAGGUGGAUUUGCAAUAGUGUUUCUGGUGAGGACCAACAAUGGGAUGAAAUGUGCCCUCAAGAGGAUGUACGUCAACAACGAGUACGACCUGCAGGUCUGCAAAAGGGAGAUCCAGAUCAUGCGGGAUCUGUCUGGCCACAAGAACAUUGUGGGAUACAUUGACUCCAGUAUAAACUCCGUGAGCAGCGGGGACGUGUGGGAAGUGCUCAUCCUGAUGGACUUCUGCCGAGGGGGUCAGGUGGUGAACCUCAUGAACCAGCGCCUGCAGACGGGCUUCACGGAGGCCGAGGUCCUGCAGAUCUUCUGUGACACCUGCGAGGCCGUAGCCAGGUUGCACCAGUGUAAAACGCCCAUAAUCCACAGGGAUUUGAAGGUCGAAAACAUCCUGCUGCACGACCGUGGCCACUAUGUCCUGUGUGACUUUGGCAGUGCUACUAACAAAUUCCAGAACCCUCAAACAGAAGGGGUGAAUGCAGUAGAGGAGGAGAUCAAAAAGUACACUACAUUGUCCUACAGAGCACCAGAAAUGGUCAACCUGUACAGUGGCAAACUUAUUACUACAAAAGCAGACAUAUGGGCCCUCGGCUGUUUGCUGUACAAGCUGUGUUACUUCACUUUGCCCUUUGGAGAGAGUCAGGUGGCAAUCUGUGAUGGCAACUUCACCAUUCCAGAUAAUUCCCGGCACUCACAAGACAUGCACUGCCUCAUCCGGUAUAUGCUUGAACCAGACCCUGAUAAGAGACCUGAUAUUUAUCAGGUCUCCUACUUUGCAUUCAAACUGGCAAAGAAGGAAUGUCCAGUCCAGAACGUCCAGAACUCGCCAAUCCCCACUAAACUCCCAGACCCGGUUAAAGCAAGUGAAGCUGCUGCAAAGAAGAGUCAACCCAAGGCCAGGCUGACAGAUCCCAUCCCUACAACAGAAACUUCCAUAGCACCCCGCCAGAGACCUAAAGCAGGACAGACACAACCCAACCCUGGAAUUCUGCCCAUUCAGCCAGCCCUGACACCUAGGAAGAGACCCACGGUUCCAGCAGCCAUUCAGCCGCAAGUUGCAGGCCCUGCUGCCCUGGGCAGUGCUCAGCCCUCGCUCCCUGCAAGUGUUCCCCAGCAAAAAGCAGCACCUCAACAGGCUCCAGCACAGCCCCAAGCCAAGCAAGCACCGGCUCCACAGCAAGCCCCGCAGGCACAGCCCCAGGUCCCCUCUACUCAGCCACAAGCCACACCUCAGCAUCAGCAGCAGCUUUUCUUGAAGCAGCAGCUCCUGCAGCAGCAGCAGCAGCAGCAACAACAACAGGCUGCCUAUUACCAGCAGCAGCAGCAGAUGAUGCAGGCGCAGCAGUUCCCAGUGAUGCAGCAAGGAGCGCCAGCACAGCAGCAGCUCAUGCAGAACUAUUACCAGCAGCAGCAGCAACAGCAGCAGCAGCAGAUGAUGGCCCAGCAGGCAGCAAUGCAGCAGAAGACAGCAGGAGCAGCAGGUCAGCAGAAGCAGCAAGCCCCAGCCCCGCCGCAGCCCCAGCCCCAGCAGAGUGUGGCCCAGCCAGCACAGCCACAGGAGCAAGUGAUGCAGGCACAAAUGAGGCCACAGCAAAAGCCUCAGACGACCCCCCCUCCAGCAGUGCAGGGGCAGAAGCUGGGGUCUCUCACCCCUCCAUCCUCCCCUAAGACCCAGCGUGCAGGCCACAGGAGGAUUCUGAGCGACGUGACCCACAGCGCGGUGUUCGGGGUUCCAGCCAGCAAGUCCACCCAGCUCCUGCAGGCAGCUGCUGCUGAGGCCAGUCUCAACAAGUCCAAAUCUGCUUCCACCACACCCUCGGGUUCCCCAAGGACCUCACAGCAGAAUGUCUAUAACCCGCCCGAUGUCUCCACGUGGAAUCCAUUUGAUGAUGAUAACUUCUCCAAACUCACAGCUGAGGAGCUGCUGAACAAGGACUUUGCAAAGCUGGGUGAUGGGAAAGCUCCAGAGAAGAUGGGCAGCUCCACAGAGAACUUGAUCCCAGGUUUCCAGCCGGCUUCAUCUGCGGCCCAGCCGGAUGCAUUUGGUGGCUCUUCCUUCGCUCCUGGACCAGCUGAGAAAACGAAAGACAUUCUGAGCUUGGACACUAGCCCUUCUCUUCUGACUGUGCCUGACCCUUUCAUUCCUCUCCCAUUAUCCGACACGCCAGGUCUGCAGAGGGAUCCAGCCCUAUUCCCAGUGGUAGCUCUUGAGCCCUGUAAAGGACCUUCUGGCAGUGAUGGACUUGCUCCGUACAAGGGUCGGUGUGAGAUGCGGGAGGUGAAAACGCAGCACAACUCGGAGUCAGACUACUUGGCAAGAGAUGGUCCUUCAAGCAACAGCUCCUUCUACAGCAGUGAAGGAGAGGGGACAGACCAUGAAGGGGACAUUCUGGAUUGCAGCGGGUCCAGGCCGUUGCUGAUGGAUUCGGAAGAGGAGGAGGAAACCUGCAAGUUGUACCCAGGGUUCCUGCAGUCUGUGCCCAGGGAAAGGCAUGAGGCCUCCAAAGAAGAUCCCCACUCCCAGCCUAGAGCAGGGGAGUCGCUGUUCACUGCCUUCCAGUCACACACCGGGGAGGUUUUUAAUGAGCCGGAUGUCUUUGCCACAGCUCCUUUCCGAAGCGUGAGGAAAGUGCCUGAUGAGGUGGAUGUCUUUACCAAAGCUCCUUUUAUCUCCAAGGGGAACAUGGCUCUGAGGCAUCCCGAAGAAGCAGACGUGUUUCUGAGAGCCCCUUUCACUAAAAAGAAAAGCGUGGAAGAGCUGACUUCCCAUAGCACAUCUAAAGAGUCAUUCACACCUCCCAUCCUCCUGGGUCAGGGAGGCGAUGGCCAGCACCGAGCUAACCCCGGGAUCCCAAGCCUGGACUCCGCAAUGUGUGGGUCCACAGCCACGGCGAGAGCUCAGUAUGCCUCUGCUGGCUUUCAUCAGCCAGGAGGCCUUCAUCCCUCUUCCAUCAGAGCCGCAGAGCCCCAGGAGCACAUCCCUGCUACAGGCUCUGUGCCGCCAGAGCAGGGUGGCACUGCGGGCGAGAGGAGCCCGGGAGGAGCCGCGCUGCCGCAGGAGGCCGUGCUGGGCUCCGUGGCUACCAAGCCUUUCCGUCCACAAGCCCUGUCCAAAUACUCCCGUCACUACAGCCCGGAAGAUGGGCCGGGGCUCGACGUGAAGCCCAUCGCUGCUUACAAAGUGGUUUCCCAGGCCAACAGACAGGCGAUAGCAGGAUCUGUCUCUGUUGUCCCUCUGUCUUCCAGGACUACGGAGCUGCCCGGCGGGGAUCCCUUUGCUGCAGCACCCUUUCCUUCCAAAGCAGGAAAGCAAAAGCCUUAAUCUGCUGUGAGCUGGGAGGUGUGCUUCCCUAGGGCCACCUCCCACAGGACCUUGAACCUCUUAGUUGAAAUGAAUGAUAUAGCAAUAUAUAUAUAAAAAUAAUUAUUAUUUUUGGGUCAGAA